AUGUCUUUUGCUAAUGAUGUUCAAGAAUUUGAAAACCUAUCAUUCAAAAUUAAAAUUGAAACUAUCGAUGGAGAAGACAAUUAUGCGAGAUUAUUUUUUUUAAAUGAUCAAGAUAAAGAAGUCAUUGUUCCAGAUG